AUGGAUGUUUCUUCUUUUUCUUCCGAAGAUCAGAUGACGAAUUACGUCCAUGCGGGUGUAACCCCAGAUCCUUUGACGGGGGCAAUCACCAAGCCCAUCUACCAGUCCACCACCUACGUACAAGAAAGCGUUGAGCAGUAUCUGCAGAAAGGUUACUCGUACUCCCGAUCGGGAAACCCGACGGUUAGAGCCCUAGAAGAAAGAAUGAAAACAGUUGAAAAAGGCGCAGACGCCGCCUGCUUUAGCACAGGCAUGGCUGCCACGGUAACGGUGCUCACGGCCUUCCUCAGUGCUGGCGACCACUGCAUAAUGCCUAUAUGCUUGUAUGGCGGUUCUUACAGAGCUGCAAAUGAAUACGUGCGUCGGUUUGGGGUGGAAUUUGACUUUGUGGAUUUCAGAGAACCAGCACAAGUCGAGAAAGCUUUUAAACCCAACACGAAAAUGGUGUUCGCUGAAACGCCAGCUAACCCUACGCUGCACUUGACAGACCUUGCAGCUAUCGAUAUGAUCAUCGCCAAGAAGGAACUUGAACGACAACAGAGCAACAAGAAAGCCACUGAAUCCUCUUCGUCAUCUGAAGAUGCAGUAUCCGAGGAGGAACUGCUCAAAAGCCUUUCAGGUGGAAAGAGAGAAAAAGAAAGGUCUAUUUUGUUCGUCGUUGAUUCAACUUUCGCCACCCCCGAAAUCAUUCACCCGUUUGAAUACGGAGCAGAUAUUAUUCUGCAUUCCACUACCAAGUACUUCGAUGGGCACAACAUUACGACAGGGGGAGCUGCAAUCAGUCGUUUUAUUAAGCUACAUGACAAAAUAGCUUACACUAGAAACAUAUGCGGCAGCAUCAUGGACCCUCAAACUGCUUUCUACACAUUAAACUCCAGCAUGACGCUGCCGCUGCGGAUACAGAGGCAAAGCAAAAGGCUGAUGAAUACCGUCGGCAAGCCCUUCUCUCUCUGCGAGAAUUUAGGCUCCGCUCAGUCGCUUAUUACCUGCCCCGCUGUCUUUACUCAUGCCCAGCUCACACCGGAACAACGGCUAGCUAUUGGCGUCACGGAUGGCUACAUUCGUCUUUCUAUUGGCCUUGAGAGCCCCAAGGAUCUUGUUGAGGCCCUCGACAAAGCUGAUGGGUACAUUCGUCUUUCUAUUGGCCUUGAGAGCCCCAAGGAUCUUGUUGAGGCCCUCGACAAAGCCCUGAAAGACCUCCCAUAG